CUGUAAAUCUGCCUUUCCAAUAAAAAUAAAUGAAUCUUAAAAACACAUGCCCGCUGGGCAGACCUCGCGGCCGCCACCUGCCCUGCCGGUCGCCCGCGCCCAACGCUCGGCUCGCGGGACGCUGGAGGCCCGAUGUCCUGCGUCCGCUCCCGGCUCGGCCUCCUGGCUGCCCUGGCGGCCUUGGGCGCCGUGGCCUUCGUGGGCUACUGCAUUUACUUCGACAGGAAGCGGCGCGGCGACCCCGGGUUCAAGCGUCGCCUGCGGGACAGUGAGUGCGACGGCCGGGCGGACCGGGCCCUGCGGGCCGCCGGGCGGGAUGGGCGACCGGGAGGACCGUGCGCCCCGGGCCCUGGGCGACCUGGGCUGCAGCCCUCCCGCCGAUGCAUUGUGUUUGCAGAGAGAAGAGCCGAACAGCGGAGGGCGGAGGCGCGGGGCGCACAGUUAUGGGAUCCAGCAAGGAAUGAAAAAUUGCAGGAAGUUUUCUUGCGUGAGAUCCAGAUGGGAGAACUCUGGCUGUCUAGAGGACAGCACAGAAUGGGGCUUGAACAUCUCACUAAUGCCCUUUUACUGUGCGGCCAACCACGCGAACUCCUCAAGGUUUUCAAAUACACACUCCCUUCCAAGGUAUAUGAGAUGUUGCUGCAGAGAAUUCCCCUUAUUUUCCAGGUAUCUCCUGAAGAAUUUAGGAUUAAACCUCCUGGAGGCUCCAAACAUUGUCAAGAGUUGGGCAGAUAAAGUGUACGUGUGUGUAGAAAGAAUGGAAAAGAAAAAGCAAAUAUAGUCUUAAAAAUGUUAACAGAAAAGUGAAAAGAAUAAACCUGUUGUGAGCCAGCGUUUUGAUUCCCGGGCCGCCAGGGUCAUUGGCCUAAAAUCUGAAUGACCUGAGAUCGUAAGGGCAGACAAGGUCUCUGCUUUUCCAUCUAAGCCUCAUCCCCAAGGUUCCUGGCAGUUCC